AGUAACAAUUUUUAUGUAUUAUAUAAACCCUAGAUUCCCCUGCACAAAGUAAACUAAGCUGAGAUUUGGUCAUAAAGCAUCACAAUUACAAUAUCGUCGGCCGGAGCUCAGACAUUUAAUCGUCUCUAUCGCCGGCGGCACUGUCUCUGGAUAGAGGUGAAACUUACAUGAGGGACGAUUGAAACUUAAAUUGUUCUGUCUAUAGUGAAAAGGGGGAGAAAAUAGACAAUAUACAAUGGCAACAACUUGUGAAGAUGAUAAGAAAGAGGCAAGCCCUGUAUCUGUAAGCUGGGUAGGGACGAUUGAGGAACAAUAUAGGAAGAUGAAACAAAAUGCAGAGGCUUACCCAUAUGUAUGGGGAUCCUAUAUUGUUGUUUAUGGUGGAUUUGGUCUUUGGUUUGCUUAUAGAUGGAGGAAGCUUCGUAGAACUGAGGAUAGGGUUAGAGUUCUUCAGGAGAGGCUUCGUAAACUUGUCGAAUCUGAGGAAUCAUCAAACUCUGCACCGAAAUAGCUGUCUAGUUGGUUGGUUGGUCUUUCUUCUGAUUCAUUUUUCAUGUAUACAUAAUCAGUUCUAUGAGACUUUCAGGAAAAGCUCGAAAAAAGGUAUGUUUUCGCACUUGAGUUAGGAAUUUAAUGUAUGAUAAGUUGAGUAAGCAAAUGCACUAUGAAAAUAAUCAAGGUUUAAACUUCAUUGUUCUUAUGGAUCCAUCACUUAUUGGAAUUACAUGUAAUUUUUUAUUUA